CCCAAUGGCUCUCCUUUUUUUUUUUUUUCUUUUUUGGUCGCACAGCCCAAUGCUCGCGACAAGAAGGGUCAUAGCGCAAUGCUCGCGACAAGAAGGGCCACACUGCUCCUCAUUUCCUCUCAUCCCCUCAUUCGCCAUCCCUUCAUCCUCGACUUCUUCCCUCAUUCGAGUUCCAGCAGCUGCCACUAUGGUCUCGCUCUCAAAGCACUCUCGACUCUCUCGUCGCUCCAACAGCGUCAGUUCCCCGCUUCAAGUCCCUGAACUCCUCGAGCAGAUCCUCCUUCACCUCAGCCCCGAUACCCUCCGUUCCAGCUGCCUCCACGUCUCUCGCCAAUGGUUCCGCAUCGCCUGCACCCUCCUCCAGAGACCUCUCGGUUGGGCCGCAGCAAGAUUAAGUUCUUACUAUAUUCGCAAACGUCUAAACCCACACAAAGUCUUCCUAAGACUGCCUCUGGCGCGCUCUUUCACAAUUGCACACUCCUACUGGCCCAGUGAUGAACAGAAUCCACCAGAAGUCUGGCUUGAACUACUACACGAAAUCAGGAUGCUGUCAGCAGAAGAGCGACUCCGCAUCAAGGAGCUAUCCAUCUGGGAGUACCUGUCCUUCCAUACACAACUGGUGCCACUGCUGGCGUGUCUGGGCCCGUCGCUGACGAGUCUUAGCAUCGUGAUGUCUGCACGAUCGGACUGUAUCCCCACCAAGAUUGUGGAACUCUGCCCUAAUCUCUGGGCACUGCACAUCCAAGCGCGCGGCCGAUCUGAAGUCCUGGAGGAAGCGGAUGAAUGGCCAGUUCUGCCUUGUUACUUGCCUCUACGGUCCCUCAAGCUGACGCGCACGGAUAUAUCGUCUCUCUGUCCCAGGCUCAAGAGGGCUCGGCUUUCAGCCCAGGCUGGCCAUGCAUGGGAUGCAGUCUCCGACAAUGAGCUCUCCGCGACGAUGAAUUCCUUCCCGUCGGUCACCGCGUGGACCUUCAGAUCAAAAGAUUCCACCCCCACGGUGUUCAAAGCCCUGAGGGGAUUCGACCACAUCAACACGUUAGCGACACUCGAGAUUCUAUACUGGACCGAUCCUGGGCCUAUUCGCGCUCAUAGGCCCUACGAAACGUUAAGGACGCUCGAGUUCGAGGCCCUACCUUCGGCCGACGUCAGGCAGCAAUCCAUAUCUUUGCUCCGCCAAUUCCUCUGCGGCUCUCCACACCUGCUGCACCUCAAGGCCCCCGGGAUCGAGUUUCCGACCACACUGAUCUGGGCCAGCCGAAAACUGUGCACGCUCCACCUUGGGUUCAAGCCGGAGAGUCUUGACAAUACGAGAAGCACUCGGGUCAUGUAUGGCUGUUUGAGCAGAGUAUGCACGGACCUGCAAGAGUUGUUCAUCUGGCGACGGAGGCUUACGCUGUCUUUAGAGAGCGGUCUCUGUCUGCUGUCGAGGCUCCAUCGUCUACGCCGGUUGAUCAUCGAGACUAGUACUGACGGUUUUGAACGGGGGAACUUGGACUGGAUGUGCAAGACGAUGUCGACGGUGCAGAAGGUGAAGGCCAGGAUUCAGAUCAGCAGCUUCAACAUGCCCUUCAUUGGGCCUGGGCUUCAGGCUGUCUGCCCAACACGGUCCUUCUCUACAUCAGCCUCGGCGGAUAUACCUCUCCUCCGUUCUCAUGGCAACAGACCCAGGAGCCCUGACAGCGAAACCGCAAGCGACAGCAGCAGCAGCAGCGACACGGAUACGAGCGACACAAUGACCAAGGACUACAUGAUCGACGGCGUCGGCAUGCGGCACCUUGGGCUCCACAAGGACAUUUCCGAUCUCAUUCAGGACCGGUUGUUGAAGGAUUGGCCAUGCUGGCUGUACUUGGAGCGACUGUAUGUCGAGCUGGAGAAAGGGCCCGUAAAAGCACUGCUUGAGCAAGCAGACCCCUUAGAGGUACUAGAUCUCCAUCUCGAGAAUAAUGAAAUCUCGUGUGAACAUAUGGUCGACGGGUUGAAGAUUCUACUUGAGGACGCAGAGGGGCUGAAGCGGAUCUGUUUGCGGAUGAAGUACCAGGAUGAUCCGAAUGACUUCCAAAUGCAUAAGCUGUUCGAAAAGCCCUGGGUAUGUGCCUGGACACUGGAAGAGCUGUAUUUAUUGAGGAUUGGGUCCUGGAGUUUUGAGGAGUGCGAGGCCGAAGAAAUCGAGGUUCAAGACGACGAUGGGGAACGGUUGACCGUGACAUCGUUACAAUAUUGGAAGUUCAAGAAGACGGACUAGAGAGGAUACUGCUAGGAUCUCAUGGAGCC